AUGGGGGCUAGGCAGGGAGGACCUUAUUCCAUCUUCAAGAAGCCGCCUCCGUCUCGUCUUCCUGAGCAUGGCACGAACCAAUGGGACCAAGUAUCUGCUCUGGUGUGGCUAGCUGAGUACGUGUGCUCGCAGCCCUCCUUCCUGUGUUCGAGGCACACCCUUCUCAGGGUGCCUGCUCAGAUCUACAUAGAAGAGCAGCAGCAACAACAACAACACAGCAGCAGACAGUCAAUCAGCGCUAUCAUGAAUGUUAUGGUCCUUUGCAUAAAUGAGGCAAAUGCUGAAGCACUUUUUGUUGGCAGGUGGAAAGGAUUCAUGAACCAUGAUGCCAGAAUUAUCUUACGGCUGAUUCUUAACCUUUCUUUUCCUGUUACUGUAUGUUACAGACAUUUUAAACUUAGCUAUGGAAUCUGUAGGUCUGUUGUUUGCUUGUCCUAUCAAGUUAAGAGGAAAAGGCAAAAGCUUCCGGUGUCUAAUCUCUUUCGACAUGUGCUGGCAUUCCAACGAAACAUAAGCCAGUAUCAUGGUAUUUCCAAUAGGUUGCAUUGCGUCUGA